AUGAGAAAAGCCGAUGUAAACAAAACGGCAAAAACUCGACCUGCACAACAAAUGACAUCAAAAUUAAAAUCACGGAACCGUUUCUGUUUUGGAAGGAGAAUCAAAGCGAGCACUACCAUGCCGUCAAACUGGAACUACUUUGGGACGCACAGGAGGAACCAACGCAUAAAACUUUCCAGAACUUCAUCCUUACUCUUGCUGACUGCUUACGUUCAGCUUCCAGUAAAGUCGGCCCAGGCGAUACGGUUCCAAUCAAGGCAAAAAUGUAACCCGAUAAUUUUAGAGGACAAAAAAGUUGAUGAUCCAAUCAGAAAUGAAAACCCAGCAGCAGAGAUGUUUUUCAGGUAUAAUGGAAUUUAACACAGUUUUCCGUAUUUUGUGGCGUAAGAGCAGCUGCCGUCAUUCUCAAACUCAUUCUGACAUCCGUUGGUAGUUGAUGACGGUCCCUGGAAUUCAGAUUUAAGUAUACG